UAAUGGUUAGGGUGAAGGAGAUAAUUCUGUUCCUGUUAUUCCUGAAGAUCAGAAUAUGUUUACUGAGCCUAUUGCAACUGAGGCUGAAGAAGAUAACUCCAACGAUGUUGUUGGUGAACAACAAAAGGGACUACAAACUGAUCCUGUAAUGAAUGUAGUGGCUGAGUUGAAGGAGGGUACUCUUGAAGAACACAUGUAUGAGGACUGUCCCACUCCCACAGAUCUUUUGAUCUCCUUGAAUGAGGUGGGAGAUGACUCUGCUUUGACACCCCACGCUCCUUUUGCAAACUUGGAUUGGGACCUUGGUGAUGAAGUUGGAACCGGCGGUGUAGACAUGAUGGCCCUCGAAGAAGCUACUAUGAAAGAAGUGAGGAAGAGAAAGAGGUUGCCAUCAAAGUACAUUUGCAGCCCAUUCAUAGCUCCCGCCACAAAGAGGCCUAAGGUUGGAGGCACCAAUAACCGAGCUCUACCACAACU